AUGUAUUUACCAUCGUCACCAGUUCGCGGGGAGAACAGUCCAUUGCGCGCCAAAACGGUCGCAAACGUGUCCGAGCCCCUGUCUUUGUCCAGGGACUACCCUACUCCAAACCCAUCUUCGUCCCUUGGCUACGAGGAAGAGUCUGAGAAAGCCCGCAAAGUCGCCUUCGAACUGCCACCGCGCAAAGUCGAGAUUGUUUCUCCGAUGUCGCGGGUCCGCAGACUGAAGGUGCCACUGACAGGGCGUCAGAUCAGCAUCGGACGGUCAUCGAGAUCGAACCAGUGCGUGCUCAACCCCCAUAACAAGCUGGUGUCGCGCACCCACUGCUCCGUCCACUACGUUCCAGAAACACACACUCUCAAGCUUCACUGCAUUGGCUGGAACGGCGUCAACGUCACGGUGCCGGGACGCGUGGACGUCGAGAAAAAGGACGACGCGUUUGAGGUCACGAGCAGCACGGUUGCGCCAAAAAGUGCCCGUGUUUUAUCCCAGGAGGCCUCGGUGACCAAUCUCUACAUACUUAAGGGCGAAACCGUAUUUUUGCCAAUGCUUCCAGGACUCAUCUUGGACAUCCGUGGCGAGCUGAUCCUGGUCGAGACAGAGGAUGAGCUGACGGAGGACGAGGCUGAAGAGGAACUGGAGCAGACCCCGGAGCCUCUGCAGCAAGAGACCAAGAAGCCUGUGAAACACGUCCAGACUGUGCACGAAGACAAGGAGAACGUCCCGCCUGUGGCCAAAAAAGAGCCUACUGCUAUUUCUCCAGCGUACACGCCAGAACAAUCGCCCGAUCCGGUCGCAGCCACCAAAGCACGCGCAAGAAGCAAGAACCACAACUCUCCGAGAAAGAAGAAGGACACCGAACACCAGAUCUCCAAGGAGGAGGCGGACGUCCUGUUGGAGCCGCUGCGGCCGCAACUGCCUCAUCUGGCCAAUAUCCUGGUCAACCACUUGGCCUACUCCAGACUGCUGCAAACUCCGUUGCAGAAUUUGAUGGACCUCAAGGCUGUGCAAGAUAUGGGCUUGAGUAAGCAGCAGCUGCGCGGCUUACUAAUAUAUUACGUGGACUGUAUCGGCGUUAUCUACCGCGUGGGUAAAGAUGCGGCGGGCAAGCCGUUGGACGAGGAAUACUACUACGACCCGGAAAAGGACCAGGACAAGUCGCGGGUCCAGCUCGUUGAGGAGCUGAAGGGGUCUGCCUCGCAUUUGCGUAGUUGCAGAAAGACCCAUAAACAGUACUUCUGGAAGAAGCCGGCAAAGAGAUAA